AAGGGAUUAUCGCAAUGUCCCAAUAUCUUUUGGUUGUAACAAAUUUAGCUCUUUUCAACAUCCAAGAAGUUCUUGUAAAUGAUAAGAAUUUUGUUUAAAACAAGUUUGGUUUGGGUUUGAUUUAGUUUGGUUUGAGAUUAAUGUCCUAAAUACAAAAAUAAAAUAAAAUUGAUCACUUAGGAAAUGUUUCUGUUUGGUCUGUUGCCAAUUUGAAUAUAAAUGUUUUGUGUAAUUUUAUAUUUGGGAUAAUUUGUAAGAAAUCGAAAGUAAAGGGAUGAUAACAAAUUUAGUAGAACUACUAUUUCCUCUUAGGCUCUUACCGGAAAUUUACUUGAAUAUUCCUGUGCAGCUAUUUAAAACCUUUUCCAUUUCAUUAUGCAGAUUGGUUUCUAAAAAGACUUUUAACCUCUCGAAUCCUAUUCAUUUCAUGGCUCUUUAUCCUUCGUCUCGCAGUUGGAUACACGAUGUCUUCCCAAGCUUCCACGGAGCAGAUGUUCGCAACAACUUUCUCAGUCACGUUCUCAAGGAGUUCAAAGCAAAGGGAAUCGACAUAUUCAUUGAUAAUGAUAUCGAGAGAAGCAAAUCGAUCGGUCCAGAACUCGUAGAAGCUAUCAGAGGAUCGAAAAUCACAAUCGUCUUGCUCUCGAAGAACUACGCUUCUUCGACAUGGUGCCUGAAUGAAUUGGUGGAGGUUAUGAAUUGUAGAAAAGAGUUUGGUCAAACCGUGAUGACCAUUUUCUAUAAAGUGGAUCCAACUGAUGUAAAGAAGCAAACUGGAAAAUUUGGGAAGGUCUUCAUAAAUACUUGUGAGGGUAAAACAAAAGAAGACAUUAGAAGAUGGAAAGAGGCUUUGGCAGAAGUGGCAACAAUUGCUGGUCAUCAUUCAAGCAACUGGUUUAAUGAAGCGGACAUGAUCGAAAAUAUUGCGACCAACGUUUCAAAUGCACUAAAUAAUUUUUGCCCAUCAAACUACUUUGAAGACUUGGUUGGGAUUGAAGCUCACAUGGAAAAGAUGCUGACUUUGUUAUGCCUAGAAUGUGAUGAAGUGAGAAUGGUAGGGGUUUGGGGUCAUGCGGGUAUUGGUAAGACGACCAUCGUUAGAGCCUUAUAUGAAACAAUUCGUAGUAACUUCUCUCAUACUGCAUUUAUGGUGAGUAUAAAAGGAGUCUAUACAGUACAAAACUGCGACUACUAUGAAUACAUGUUGCAAUUACAGGGAAAACUUUUGUCUGAGACAUUAAAUCAAAAGGAUUUGAAGAUACGUCACUUAGAUGUGGCACGGGAAAGGUUGAAAAAUAAGAAAGUGCUUCUCGUUCUUGAUGAUGUGGAUCGGUUAGUACAACUAGAUGCUAUGGCGAAAACAACUCAAUGGUUUGGUUCUGGAAGUCGGAUUAUCAUAACAACGCAAGACCAACAACUCUUGAAGGCACAUGGGAUUGAUCAUAAUUACAAGGUGGAUUAUCCAAUUGAUGAAGAGGCACUUCAAAUCUUCUGCUUGAAUGCUUUUGGUCAAAAGUCCCCUAAAGAUGGUUUUGAGGAGCUUGCAUGGGAAGUUACACAACUUUCUGGGAAUCUCCCGAUGGGGUUAAGUGUAAUGGGCUCCUAUUUUCGGGGAAUGUCCAAGCAGGAGUGGAUCGAUGCACUACCAAGGUUGAGAACUAGGCUUCACCAAGAUAUCAAGAGUAUUAUAAGAUUCAGUUAUGACGCCUUAUGCGAUGAAGAUAAAGAUUUAUUUCUUUAUAUAGCUUGCUUUUUCAACCAUAAAAGUAUUCAGACACUUGAAGAUUUUCUUGCGAAUACGUUCUUGGAGAGUCACGGGAUUCAAAUCUUAGCUGGAAAGUCACUCAUAUCACGGGAACAUGGAUUUAUAAAGAUGCCUAAUCUGUUAGUAGAACUAGGUAGAGAAAUUGUUCAUAAUCAAUCGCCUGGGAAACGCCAAUUUUUGGUUGAUGCUAGAGAGAUCUGUGAAGUACUCACUAAGGAAACUGGUAGUAAUAGUCUUGUAGGCAUGGAUCUCGACUUAUCUGAAAUCAACGGUAAAUUUCAUAUUAGCGGCAAAUGUUUCGAAAGAAUGUGGAAUCUCCAAUUCUUAAGAAUCUACAGAAAAGUUGAAAAUUAUAAUGGUUGUAGAUUGUACUCUCCACAAAGUCUGAAAUAUAUAUCUCCAAAACUUAGAUUACUGCAUUGGGAACAUUUUCCAAUGACAUGUUUGCCUUCUACUUUUAUUCCGGAGUUCCUCGUCGAACUAAACAUGCGUUGCAGCAAACUUAAGAAGCUGUGGAAAGGAGUUCAACCUCUUCAAAAUCUCAGGUGGGUGGAUUUGAGUUAUUCCAAAAACCUGAAGGAGCUUCCUGAUCUCUCAACCGCCACUAAUCUGGUGAGUUUGGAUCUCAAUCAUUGCUCAAGGUUAUUGGAGCUACCCUCUUCAAUUGGGAAUGCGAUAUUAAUCUAUUGAUUCUGGAUAUUGAGUACUGCUCAAGCCUGUUGACUAUCCCCACCUCUCUUGGAAAUAUCCCUAAUCUCAA